AUGGAUUCAGAUUUAGAUAUAAGACAAUGUUAUGCUAUGGCUUCAUUGGCUAGAACGAAAUUGUUCAAUGCCGGAAGACAAAUGUACAAUUUGAAGACUUCUCGAAGAAGAGAUAUUCAAUUACGUGUAGUCAUUGGACACGCAAAUUUAUUGGAUUCUGUAAUGGAUAAAAUUUGUUUAUAUAAUUCAAGCCCAAUGCCUAUCCAUUAUCAAUCUGCAACGGCAAUUGACAAUGAUGAUGAUAAUGUAAAUGCUCCUCCUUCAGUUUCUGACACUUCGGAUGACUAUGACGACAGUGACGAAAGCGAAGAUAGCGAUUUAGAUUAUGAUGAAUUAGAUAUCUUCAGUGAUGAAGAAGACAAUGAGUAUGUACUUGACAGUGCUAACAAAAUUGAAUUGCAAUUAUCAAGAUCAAAUUCAGAAUCAAAUGAUUUGGCAGAUAUGAGAAUGCCAUCAUUUGUAAUGAGUCAAAAUUUACAAUUGCCUGUGUUUAAAACAAUCGGAGUGUGA